CGCCAUCCAGCAGUAAAAUAUGCAGACGUCUCAGUUCCUGUUUGAAACAAGCUGCUUUACUGAGAAAGGAGAUGUGAUGUGAGACGUUUGUGUCCUGGUUCAAUCGUCUGUACCUGAAGCAUGGGGCAGCUACUGCUGCAGGGAUUGCUGUGGGUUGUGAUUUUCCUGGGCUCAUCUGUCCCUAAUAUCGAGUCCUCAGAGUACAACCCAUUUCCUGGCAUCACUGACAAGAAGUUCAUCGACGACUGUGUGAGGAUACACAACGACAACCGAUCCUCUGUGAAUCCACCAGCCAGAAAUAUGCUCUACAUGACGUGGGAUGAGGGCUUGGCCAUCACUGCAAGGGCCUGGGCAAGACACUGUGAUUUCCAGCACAACAUCUACCUGAGAGAGGUCAGACGGGUCCACCCUGUCUUCUCCUCCGUGGGAGAGAACAUCUGGGCAGGAUACCCGCCCUCCACGUUCUCCGUCAUGCGCGCCAUGGAUUUAUGGGUCAAAGAAGUGAACGAUUACUCAUACCAAAGCAAUGCGUGUAGACCAGGAAAAAUGUGUGGCCACUACACACAGGUUGUAUGGGCGACGAGCUACAAGGUUGGUUGCGCCGUCCAAAUAUGCCCAAAUGGUGUCGACAGGACUUCGUUUUCUGAUAAAGAGGGAGCCAUAUUUGUUUGUAACUAUGCCGAAGCGGGAAACGUGGUUGAGAUGUUACCAUACCUGAAGGGGUUGGAAGAAUGCAGCUCUUGUGAGGGGGGAAACAAUCAAUGCCAGGCCAAGCUCUGCCACAAUCCAAAACGAGACGAACAGAAAAGUUACAGAUGGACCCCCGACUGGGACCCCACCCUGGCCACCUGCGGCCCCAGCUGCAUGGCCUUAUUGGCCAUCAGACCCCUGGCCCUUCUCCUCACCUUUGUCGCCGCAUUUGGAGUACACAGAUUGUACCCAAGCAUAUUUUUUUACGAAUAGCUGAGAUGUUUAGAUUGAUUGACCUGCGCUGACGUUCUCAUUGUUGUGAUGCCUUUCUCAAUGUGGUCCUGUCUUUUUAAAAUUGCCGCAGAGCCUCAAACCAAAUUCCCAUUGUGGUACAAUAAAGUGUACUACAAAAACG